AGAUACGGAAUUUAUUUUCGCUGUGUUCACAAAAGAAAUAACAUGCAGCACAUGAUGGGAAACGUGGACGGUUUCUAUUAAGUCACAUAGUCAUACAGCUGACAGCCGCGAUGGAAUCCCACAGUUUAUAUAUUGGCCUACAUGUCGUGUCCUGACUAUCGGACAACAUCGGCUAACAUCGUCAUAUGUAUGAAACAUUGUUCGUGAUAUAUUACAACUGAAUAAAUAUUCAGCCAAGCAAAUCAACCUCCCCGAGUGAGUGGCUUCCAAAAAGUGAAAGUGUUUUACAUAGAAAAUACACGUCAUGAUGAGAAAAUCACACAGUGUAUUGUCACAUAUAUCCAGAUUUGCACUUUGAAUUCCGGAAAUAUGAUAGUUGCUGAACGGGAGUCUUUUGGAUUGGGAAUGUGUAUUUAUACAUCAACGUAACUGCCUAGCAUACUUACCACCAAACAAACAAGAAGAAUCACGACCUGAGCCAAUAUGCUAUGUCACGUCAAGGCUGUCGGAGCACAUGACUGCACUUGGUUGAUAGACAUACGACUAAUGUAUUGAACGUGGUUCGUGAUAUCAUACAACUGAAUGAAUAGUCAUCCAAGCAAGACGAGUGUAGUCUUAACGAACGUGACAUAUGGCUUCAAACUAGGGUGAACGUUUCAUGUGGACACACCUCGAUCAGCUGAGAAGAUCACGAACAGUGUGCCAAGCUCAAGAAGGAAGACGCUUUGUUGCCAUGCGGUCCUGAGCUGGAAGAGUCCCUUUAACGGAGACGACGCAAUAGAACAGAUGUGGAAAAAGGUUACGUCAAUCUUUACUCCUUCAUCUACAAACGUCCAAGAUCAGCGUCGCUUGGGUGUGAGGAUUGCGUAUUGUCCUGACUAACUCCUGAACACUGCCGGUCCGUCAAGCCAACCUGGAAAGGAAGGUGGUUUGAAACUGUUCGGCACGGAUUUAAACAUGGCGUGUGCAUCAACUGUGUCCUUGUGCAUAUUUUCCUGCAUGGUAUUUGCCGUAUCAUCUUCCAAUGUGAACACAUCGGAGCCGUCCGGCACACGUGGGCUUCACAACACGACAGACAAUAACCAUGACAAGGACACCGGCCACGGUGAACACCAUGGCAUUGAAAUCGCCGGUGUCCUGUUUGCGAAUGUGAGAGAGCCCCUGAUUUAUACCAUCGUGGUGAUACUAGCGGCCCUAAGCAAAGUUGCAUUCCACCAUGCUCAUUUCCUAUCAUCAAAGAUUCCGGAGUCUUGCCUACUGAUCAUCCUUGGCCUGAUAUUCGGGGUUAUUAUUGAAUAUUCGGGAGCUGCUGUCUACAUGCCGGAGUUCUUCUCACCCCAUGAUUUCUUCCAGUACCUUCUUCCUCCAAUCAUCUUGGAAUCAUCCUUCAGCCUCCAUGACAGGACGUUUGCUGACAACAUCGGAUCUGUCCUCCUCUUUGCUGUGAUUGGUACCAUAUGCGCCUUCUUUACCCUAGGUCUCACUCUAUACGGCCUAGCCAUCAGCGGGGCCAUGGGGGUUUUCCCCUUCGAGUUCACUCUCAUACAGAUCCUCAUCUUCGCCGCACUCAUCGUCGCUGUCGACCCUGUGGCGGUACUGGCUGUGUUCCAGGAAAUAGGUGUUAACAAUGUUUUGUAUUUCCUGGUAUUCGGAGAAUCUCUGCUGAACGAUGGCGUGACUGUGGUGUUGUAUCAGGUCAUGCAGACAUACAACAAUCUCGUCUCAUCAGGUCAAGGUGUGGACGGGGAACAGGUAAGACUACUGCUGUAUCAGGUCAUGCAGACAUACAACAAUCUCGUCUCAUCAGGUCAAGGUGUGGACGGGGAACAGGUAAGACUACUGCUGUAUCAGGUCAUGCAGACAUACAACAAUCUCGUCUCAUCAGGUCAAGGUGUGGACGGGGAACAGGUAAGACUACUGCUGUAUCAGGUCAUGCAGACAUACAACAAUCUCGUCUCAUCAGGUCAAGGUGUGGACGGCGAACAGGUAAGACUACUGCUGUAUCAGGUCAUGCAGACAUACAACAAUCUCGUCUCAUCAGGUCAAGGUGUGGACGGGGAACAGGUAAGACUACUGCUGUAUCAGGUCAUGCAGACAUACAACAAUCUCGUCUCAUCAGGUCAAGGUGUGGACGGGGAACAGAUUGGACUUGGUAUCCUGAAGUUUUUUGUGGUGUGUUUUGGCGGCCUUGCUCUGGGUGUUCUCGCAGGGGUCGUGACAGCAGUCUUGACGAAAUACACCAGACACGUGAAAAUCGCCCAGCCCCUAAUCGUGUACACCAUGGCAUACCUGGGCUUCCUGCUGGCGGAGCUGUUUGAGUUCUCCGGUAUCAUCAGCAUCAUCGGCUGCGGCCUCGUCCAGGUCCAGUACGCCUUCCACAACAUCAGCGACAAGUCCAGGACCACCGUCACAUACUUCACCAAGGUCAUCAGCACCGCCAAUGAAAUCAUCAUCUUCCUCUUCCUCGGUCUGGCCAUGGUCAGGAAGAAGAACCACAUGUGGCACACGGGCUUCGUGCUCUGGACAGUCUUCUUCUGCCUGCUGUAUAGAUUCCUCAUCACGUUCUUCUUGACCUUCCUGAUCAACAAGCUGGACAGUGACAGAACCAGGAGGAUCGGUUAUGACGAACAGUUCAUGAUUGCGUACGGUGGUCUACGGGGGGCGGUGUGCUUCUCCCUCGUCGCUCUGCUGAAUGAGAACGCGCUACCCCCGGGGAUGAAGGACAUGUUUGAAACUGCCACUCUUGUCGUCAUCUUCUUCACAGUGUUCGUGCAGGGUAUCUCCAUCAAGCCCCUGGUAAAGCUGAUGCGGGUGCAGCUGGCUCAGGCCAAGCAGCUGAGCAUGUAUCAGGACCUCAACGAUCAUGUGACAGAUCAUUUGAUGGCCGGCGUGGAGGAAAUUGUUGGUUUCCGGGGAAGAUACACAAUAAAGGAGGAGCUGGAGCGAUUCGAGGACCGCUACAUCAGGAGGUGGCUCCAACUGGAACCGGAACUGAGCCAAACCCAGCUCCAGGAAUUCUACCACAAGAUCCUGCUCAAAGAGCACUACAAACAUCUUCAGCUGGUGGGAGUCUCCGCCAAGACUGGACAGGGCCACAUUCCCCGGAUUGAAACCAGCCUGUACCUUGCCGAGGAAAGUCCUGACAGCCAUGGUGUACAUGGUCACGUGACAGCGCCCGAGAAAAAGAAAAAAGGGAAGCACAAGGCUAAAGACAUUGAUGCGUAUGGACUCCGGGGUCUGCUGCAAAUGCACCAAGGAGCUUCGGCUCUGCACCGCAAGUGGGACAAGAACCUCACUGAGGAGCACCACGGUAACAUUGCGAACCAUAUCCAGACCAAGACAGCCAACAACAGACGGCUUCAGUCGCACAAGAAGUCAGUAUCACGAAAACAGAGCAUGACGCCACCAGAAAAGGUAGAUUCAAACGGAACAGCAAAUGACGUUCAAGGUCACGAAAACCCAGUGUUUGAAGAGGACUACCAAAGUGUUCGGUUUUGAGAAAAACCUUCAUUUCGACUGGUACACGCCAUACUUAAGAAGACAUUCUCAAGACUCAAAAUAGGUUUCCAAAUAGAGUAUAUUGUUCGUAACCCCAAAUAUAAUACACAAGGGACGAAUCUUGAUGAAUGUGUCCGUGGUUAAUUUCCUCUGUUAUGUAUUGCCAUUCGUCACCACUCGCCCCUUUCCGUGACUUGCAAGAAGACUCGUCCCCCUAUCGAUGAAUGUAAUGUGCGAAAAUACGACAAACCAAUCAGAAUGCCCGUAUGAUUUCGAGUUCCUUGUCAA